AUGUAUACUCAUAUUGGACAACCAAGAAAAUUAGCAUGGACAAAUUCUCAUAUUUUCGGUAUAGUAUAUACUCAAUUGCACUUUGCAUACUUUACGCAAACAACCUGUAGUGCCAAGGAUAAGAUCAACAUAGACGAGGCUUUCAGUGUUCUAGUAAAACGCAUUCAGGAGGACCGAAGAAUACAAGCCGCCAGGAAGGCCGAGUAUGCCCAAAAUGCACAAGCAAACAAGAAGAGUAAGGGAGGCAAAGACAAAGGAAAAGGGGGUGAUGGCGAGGGGUCUGGCAGCAAAUCCAAUGGCAAGAAAGGAUGUACUAUCCUGUGAGAAGGCGUCAUGUAGAGACUUUUAAAAUAAGAACCGCUAGGAUUUGGACUAGAUCCACUCGUUAGCCCACUGGUCCUUCAACGAAGAUCACGCGUCAACACGUGAUGGGGAUUACCAUGUCUACUAAAAGACCUGACCUGAGACCAAGAUCAGUCAGUAAGCGGCGUCAUCGUCUUCCCUUGGUGGAUCUGAGCGUACCUACUACCUCCAGGGGCACACAUCGCCUGAUUGUCACGUGCGUAGUAGUCUGAUGGCAUGUCGCGUGUUUGACCAGGGCACGCAUGUUCUGGCCCGUACUUGGCGGCUUAGAGCUGUUAAGUGUGCACAUUGGGUAUAAAACCACGCGUGUCUCAGCUCAGAAUAUAAAGUACGAGCAUGUGGCAUUGAGUGUGCUGUAUAUGAGAUACUUCGGGCGGAUUAUAUGGCCUCGAGAGGGCAACAGCAGCAUUCUUCAGCGAUCAUGAUGUACGAUCAAAAUAAAAAGGUUUACGAG